GAGUUACCUCUGCUCAUAGAAGAUCUUGUUGGUCGUGAGGGGCAUCACGGUCGAAUAAAUUGAUGGACGACCUUCAUAACAAUUGAUAUUCUACAGUCAUGUGGAUCGAUCAUGAAGCCCAAUUCCUUUCCAAAUAAAGCGCCUUGCUCUCUGUUCAUGUGCAUGGCAACGAGACCGUGAACGCAGAAGAGGAGAGCAGUGGACACAGGAGAAGGGAGAGAAAUGACGACGAUGUCUCGUUUAGGGUUAUCGACAUGCCUCAAUCAAACUUCUUACUUCCUUUCAUCACCACCAUCGCUCUCACUUCACCAUUCUCUCCUCUCACCAAUAAGUUGCAGAUGCUUCUCUUCUACUCGCCAUUGCUGGAGGCGGGAAUCGUCCCUUGGUCCCUUACAUGCAUCCCCCAAAUCUUCUCUCUCCUCUGUUUCAAUUACCAAUGAAACUAUCACUGGUGAUUCUGAUUUCAUUCAAAUCGGCUACAUUUGCAAUGUUCAUGGCCUUAAAGGGGAGCUCCGCGUAAAACCGACCACUGAUUUUCCGGAACUGCGUUUGGCUCAACCAGGAAGAAGAUGGUUGAGAAUCUCGGUAGCUGGAAAAGAAACGAUUCAGGAGAUUGAGCUCUCUUCUGGAAGUGGCCACCCGAGCCAGAAGACAUGGAUCCUUACAUUUUCAGGGAUUGAUUCCGUAGAUAAGGCAAGGCAACUUGUAGGAUCAACUUUACUUGUAAGGGAAGAAGAUAGGCCAACUCUGGAGGAAGGCGAGUUUUAUACUCCUGAUCUUGUUGGCAUGAGGGUUAUUAUGAAGGAAACCGGUAAAUUAGUAGGAUCAGUUGUAAAUGUUUUCAACUGUGGCCCAAGCCAUCUUUUACAAGUGAAGCUGGAUUCUGGUGAAACCAAUUGUAAAUCUUCAAAAGCAGAAACCCAUGGAUCUAGUCGCCUUGUAUGGGUUCCAUUUGCCGAGGCCAUUGUUCCUGAUGUUGAUAUGGAUAAAAGAGAAUUGCAUAUUACACCUCCCAAGGGUCUGCUUGAGUUGAACCAACAGCUUGAUGGAAGGUCAAAAAAAGAAAGACGUCAGCUGGAAUGGAAGGAAAGAAGAAGAGCACAGCAGCGCCUUCUAGUGACAAAAAAGAAGUUGAGUGAACUUGGACAAAAACAUAUCAUGUAUGGACUUUCAUCAGGUGACAAGGCCCAAAAGACCUCACUUGUGAAUCAGAUUUUGAGUAUCAACUUGAAGCUUUUUGGACACGCAUUGGAAGAUAUAUGUAAUUCAGUUGAAAGAAGAGGUACUGUAUUGGACUUCAUGAAUGCAAAUUCAGCUAUAAUAUCGAGGAACACGUUCAGAAUGCCACGGGAUUGCCUUUGUCUACCUCAAUGGAAAGAUGAAAAAGACAAUUUGUAUCCACUACAAGAAUUGGCAACACAUCUCCUUUCUGAAGGGAAAAUUGCUUUUCUUCUGACAUUGGAUGAUAGAAGCAAAUUCCAAAGUGAUUGCAAACCUGAUCUUAUGUUUUCUGGUGCUGCAAAUAUAUCAGAUGAAGUUCAGCAUCGAGAGGUCCACUUAAUAGGCCAAAAAAUUUCAAAGUUGGUUGCAGAGUAUCCUUCAGCCAUUUUUAUUAUUUUCUGUCCAACUAAUGAAACCUUAUCCUUGAAAGACUUUUUUGAAGAGUACAACUAUUUUAGUCAUGACCGAGAAAAGGUGUGGUUCUUGGAUGUAAUUUACUUGCCUGUUGUUAGCUGCUCUUUCACACAAGAUAACAAGCCCAAAAUUUUGUUAAAAACUCCAUGGGAAGUGCUCCAAUCACGGCUCAGAUCUGGAGGAAUCUUCUGCUCACUUGCAUGCACCAACCUGGUAGACAUUCUUAUUGACAUGGGAAUUCAGUAUAUGGAGGUAUCUGGCCGGCACUCAAAGCCCACUUUUGAAGAUCCUCUGUUCCUCGGAUUUGCCCAUGCCAACAGAGCAGACGUCGGAAUCAAAGUCAUGAAUGAGGGGGAUGAUGAGAGUGACUGUGACAUGAUAUUCUCUAUUGAGUUCAUGAAGAAGAUCAUCAUGCAAACACAUAGGCUCAAAUUCUAUCCUGUAGUAAAGCAAAAUGAACAUGUGGAAAGGGUUGACGACGAAUGGGUAGAAGUUUCUUCUGACUCAUACGAGUUGCAAUGCUCAAUUUACAGCUCCUUGAAUCUUUGUGACCCCAACAAGGUCUGUGUAUUUAACAUCACCGACUGCUGAUGUAAGGCCUUUUGCCACCCUUUUUUUUUUUUCUUAUGUGUAUGUGGAACUAGGGACAGAGAGAAGCUAUCUGCUAUUCUUGUUGUUUUGCAUGAAAGAAUGAAAGUUCUUUCUACUUGAUAUGUUCUAAAUCCUGAUGUAUACAUCUACUUCAUUGUACUCCCUCCUUUGUUUUAAUUAACUAAAGCCUCACUUAGGGAUUCUUCUGACUUUGUAAGUUGACCCAAAGAAUAACAACAACAACAUCAUCAAUUCUCAGUUACACACAAAUGUAUAGUCUGAAGAACAUUCCAGUUAACUGA